GGGAAGUUUCACUAAGAUGAGGACACGUUAGUUCCAAGUCCACAGGCAAGUUAGAAUGGGACUGUGUAUUCCUGGUAUGUUUGCUGUACUUAGCAUCUUUGUGGAACCAAUAGCAGCCUAUGCAAAUGGUCAGGUGACUGUUGCUUGUGACACCAUGUCUCCAAACCAUGGAGGUUUUCCUCAGAAAUCAUCAAGCCCUGCCAUUAUCACAGUGGACAAAGAUGUGUUCAGCUCAAAGGAUCAAAUAAAAGUUACACUCACUGUGAGACAGUCUGGAACUUCAUUCCAAGGAUUUUUUAUACAAGCACGAGAUGCUGCUGACCUGAAUGCUGGGCCUGUUGGAACCUUUACUCUUAUUGAUAAGAACUCCCAGCUCCUGACAUGUGGAGAUGUUAAAGACUCUGCAGUCAGUCACACAAGCUCAUCAGGAAAGCACACAAUUAUGGUGCUGUGGAACCCACCUGAAACAAAACCAGGUCACGUCCAAUUCCUGGUCACAGUGGUUCAGAAAUUCAACAUUUACUGGGUGAAAUUACGUGGUCCAGUGAUUUCUCAAUUAAAUGCCCCUCCCCUACCAGUACAAACUACAACAGAAGCUCCACCAAUCUUACCAAUUACCUCCCAGUUGACUAAACCAUUCAAUGUGACAGAAUGUGGCAGCAAAAAAUUCUGCCUGCGGAAUCCCUCUGGAUGUGACCCUGAGCUGGACCGAUUGUGCUUCUUCCUCUCCUUCACAAUGCAAGACUCUUCAGUGCUGUUUGAGUUGAGUGGACCUUCGAAUGGUUACAUCUCUUUUGGCCUAUCAGAUGACAAAUGGAUGGGUAAUGACGACAUCUAUUUAUGUAUUGUAAAUGAUCAAAGUGUACAGAUCAAUCCAGGCCAUUCCACUGGCCGUUCACAUCCAAUAUUGAACUCACAGGUUCCUAUUCAUGAUAUAGCAUGGAGUUUAGAAGAUGGGCUGACUCAGUGUUCCUUCAGAAGAAACAUUCACCUCUCUGAAUACAGUGAACGUUUUGACCUGCUGGACAGACAAUAUUACAUUUUCCUAGCAGAAGGGAGAGCUGAGAAUGGAAGAAUUUAUAAACAUCACCGCCAACCACUGAUCACACAUGGCAAGGUUUACUUUGGCGGAUCUCCUCGUGAACUCACAGGCUCUCGAUCUCCUAUGUAUAUUAAAGCUCAUGGAGCAUUAAUGUUUAUUGCUUGGGUGACUACAGCCAACAUUGGCGUCAUUGUAGCUCGAUUUUUCAAACCUGUCUGGCCAGCCAGCACACUGUUUGGCAAAAAGGUCUGGUUUCAGGUGCACUGGAUGCUAAUGGUAACCACGGUGUUGCUAACAUGCCUUGCCUUUAUUCUCCCUUUUCUAUACAGGGAAGCCUGGAGCCAUUGUGCAGGUGCCCAUCCAUACUUUGGCUGUAUGAUUCUUACACUAGUAAUUCUUCAGCCGAUUAUGGCCAUCUUCAGACCGAAUCCACAAACACCCAGACGGUAUAUUUUUAACUGGGUGCAUUGGGCUACAGGCACCUUUGCUAGAACAAUGGCAGUUGCAUCAAUCUUUCUUGGAAUGGAUCUGCCAGCCUUAGACCUCUAUAACCCAUGGGAUACUUUAGUCAUGGUUGGAUUCAUAGUUUGGCAUGUUGCAACUGAACUAAUUCUAGAGGUUCAUAAUUACAUAAUCAUGUGUAAAGCACAGAAAAGAGAAGAGGAUAAAAUGGAGAUAAUGGAUUCAAGUGAAUUGAUUGACCCACAGGGUCAUAGGUUUAAAAUUAUGGUAUUAACAAUCUACAUCUGUGGAAACCUAACCUUUCUGGUAACAUUACUGGUUGCAAUUAGUCUCGUUUGACGGUGACCUUGAUGCUGCCUCCAUCGAUCAUGAUCUUGAAGCUGUUUAUGUCUGCUCUUGUCUGAUGAGCAUCUUGACAUUACCUAUUGCUGUGCAUUGAAGAUUCCUCAGACAGAGAACUCAAAUACUCCAUAAUCAACAGAAUGUGAGAUUCUCAUUGUGCUCAUUUUACUUUCCACUCCAGAACUGGCACAAAAGUUAAUCACACAGAGACUAACAGUGUAACAAGUCAACAAACUAGGAAGGCAAUAAUCUUGUGAAAAUAGCAAGCAGCACUCAACAACUUUAAAUAGCAGUUUGGAUAUUUUAAAAUGUGGAUUUCUUUUGUGGUUUUAGAUUAUUUUAUCUACUUCUAAUAAAAGAAGUAUGUUAUAACAAGCCUGUAAAAAUAUUUAUGAGUUAAUGUAGUAUAAAUGAAAAAUGAUGUUUUUAAAAUGUAAAUUAAAUUACACUAAUAAAGUAUGUCCCAAAUUAACUAAUGUCCCUUUUAUAAAUUGUGAUAAGCGAACCUUUUGCCAUUAUAGAUCUAAUAGAUCAUUUUUUAAAUGGGGUUAUCGCAAUGUCAUUUGGAUGGACAAUUUCAUCUAGCUUCUGCAAAUAUUGAUGUGCACAUUAUAUUUAUAAUGAAUUAAAAUGCUAACAUGAUACAUUUCUAAACAAAGGGGUUGAAUUCUGUUCACUCGUAAAUAUGGUAAUUCUGUUGUGUUUUAGUUUGAUCAAAAAGAUUGUAUUUUAAGGUUAUGCUAUUGUUUUGAACUGCAGAUAAUUCAGAAAACAAUUAUCAGAAGCUGCAGGCAGUUUCUAUUUUAGUGCUUUAAAUCAAAUUCUUAGAGCAUUAACUCUGCUUCUCUCCACAGAUGAGUAUUUGCAGCAUUUUUUGUUUUUAUUUCAGAUUUUCAGCAUCUGCAGUAUUUUGCUUCUAUCUGAAAUUAGCAUGUUGCUGAGGAAGUCUUUCAUGAAGCAUAAUGACCAGUAUUUUCGGCACUAUGGCUGCUGUUGUGGGUCCAGCAUGGCGUCAGUGCUGCGCUUGCACACUUCUGGUGGGGGCUGUGCCGGUACGGACAAUGGGGAGCAUGUGCCGGAAGUGUGCAGCUUAGACAGUCCAUAUUGUCAAUCGGCUUGUAACUGACUUGACUGAGGAGGUGCCAUUUUCAACCUUGAUGCUCCUGCUAAUACAAUUGCUUAACUUCGCACAGUUGAAUAUGUGUUCAACAGCAGAUAGGAUCCCUCACCAGUGCUAUUAUCUGCAUUCGCUGAAGGUAAGCAUGCAGGUGCAGCAGGCGGUAAAGAAGGCAAAUGGU